AUGGAUUUCUGCGUGCAGCCAGCCCUGGUACCAGGCAGGGCUCAUGCCCUGGGACCUGGAGGCAUCUUGCUAAGAAAAUGCGGGCAGAAGGAGGCUCUAGAGUUUGAGGACUCGGACAAAACCCGCUUCCUUUAUUCCCGUGACAUCGUAACGCUGCCUUUACCAGGGCCCAGCUGUAAAGCCAGGAGAGGAAAGCCCGGAGUUGCAUCUGCCAUGCAUCUCACCCAGGGGGACAGGGACCUGGUGGCUCGGGGAACCUUCCGAGGAGUGUGUAAGAAGAUCGACCACUUCCCCGAGGAUGCGGAUUACGAGCAAGACACGGCUGAGUAUCUCCUCCGUGCCGUGAGAGCAUCCAGCAUCUUCCCCAUCCUCAGCGUGGGUCUGCUGUUCUUUGGGGGCCUGUGCGUGGCGGCCAGCGAGUUCUACAAGAGCAAACACAACGUCAUCCUCAGCGCCGGCAUCUUCUUCGUCUCUGCAGGUCUCAGCAACAUCAUUGGGAUUAUAGUCUACAUCUCGGCCAACGCGGGGGACCCAGGGCAGAGCGACUCCAAGAAGAGCUACUCCUAUGGCUGGUCCUUCUACUUCGGAGCCCUGUCCUUCAUCAUCGCUGAGAUGGUGGGGGUGAUUGCCGUGCACAUGUACAUCGAGAAGCACCGCCAGAUCCGUGCCAAGUCCCAUUCGGAGCUGCUGAAGAAGUCGGCCUUCACCCGCCUCCCUCCCUACAGGUACCGCUUCCGCCGGCGGUCCAGCUCCCGCUCCACCGAGCCCCGGUCCCGGGACAUGUCACCCGUCAGCAAGGGGUUCAGCACCAUCCCCUCCACCGACAUCUCCAUGUUCACCCUCUCCAGGGAUCCCUCCAAGGUCACCAUGGGGACGCUGCUCAACUCGGAGCGGGACCACGGUUUUUUACAGGUCCAUAACUCCAUCCCCAAAGAGUUCAAGGAGUCUUUGCACAACAACCCGGCCAACAGACGAACCACGCCGGUCUGAGGCGGGCAGGGGCGUUAUGUCAGGCUGCAUGACAUCAUCCUUGUGACGGUGUAACCCGUGAAAUCCUGUUUUUAAGGACAAACCCAGAUGGUUCCCUGUGCCCCUCCCCGCGGGGCUGUUUUUUCACUCCUGAAAUGCCACUGGCCGGGCCAGGCCACUGCACCCACGGUGGGACCGGGACCCCUGC